UGAUGAGGUCUGCAAUUACACCUCACCAUAUCUGGUCACUCUGCAAUUACAUGCUCCACCACAGCGUCUUACUUCCCUCCUCUGAGCUGCACCGCUGCUCAUGUGGCAGACCGAAAUAGAAUAGUUAGUGUGUUUGGAUGGUGGCCCAGCUGCAACUAUGCUCCAGCCUUUGACUGACAGUGGGAUGAGGACUUUCCUACUCACCAACAACCUUUAAGGGUGGUCGCAGUCAGUUUGGAGCAGUCCUGCUCCGAAAGGCUUCCGAGGAAGUUGCUCUCUAAAACACGGACAGCGUGAGGGAAAAGAGGGGAAAAGCGAACCAAGAGACGUACGGUUUCCAGAGCAAAGGAACAGAACUGAACUCCAACCAUGAGUCACAUUACAGGAACUCUACUUUUCAGAUGUUGAACACAAAAAAGAUGCUGAACUGAAGUAAGAUGGCUUUGGAAAGAAUGUCCACUCCCCAGAGCAGCCCACGCCAGAGCAGCUCCCUGUCUUCAUCACCCAUGAGCACUCGCAUGCAGUCUCUACAGGUGGAUUCGGUCCAGCGCUGGAUGGAUGACCUCCGCCACAUGACUGAAGUGGAGUGCAUGUGCGUUCUCCAGGCCAAACCUAUUGGGGUGGAGGAGGACUCCCAACAUGGAGAGCUGGUUGUGACCUCCGGGGUCGGUGCAGGGGACCAUGUGGCGAGGAACAACCUGCAGACGCUGCUUCGUCGAGCACUCGUAGUUAGCACGGAGCUGGGGAAGAUGUUCCAGAGGCUGGAGAAAGGCCGCUGGCAGAGGGUCCACAGUACUGCCGUGCGUGCCAACUGCCACGUGCGCUCUCUGGUGCAUGAGUACAGUGCUGCUCGGAGCAUCCCGCCUGACAUGCAAAAGUAUGAGAAAUCAUUGCUGGAGAAGUGCAUGGAGCUCACCAACAUCACAGAGAGGUGCCUUCACACAGAUGAUGAAUUCUUCCUAAAAUCAAUGAGAGAAGCCAUCCAUGACAUCCUCACAGAUGUCAGUGAUUCAUUCAGCAACAUGAUUGACAUGGCUUUGGCCAAUGAAAUACAGGUCCUGAUCAAACAGAUUGAGUCUUCAGAUAACACUUCUACCAUUGGUACCUCCAUAAACAACCUCCUGUCUCUAACCCAGGAUGGACCUCAGCUCUGCAGCAUCAUUGCAAAGGAGGGAGCGGUAGUGGCUCUGUUCAAGAUCUGCAGGCAGGACCGCUUCAGGGAGCUGUACGCUCACGCUCUGAGGACGGUGGCCUCCAUCUGCUCUGUGGAAGAGGGCAUCAACCAGCUGGACAAGGUGGAUGGAAUUCUGUGCCUGGCAGACAUUUUAACCGAUGAGAACAGCGUGGAAGCAGCCAGGGCCGAGGCAGCGGCGGUCGUCGCUCAGAUAACAUCUCCCCACCACACGUCCACCCAACAUCUCGCCAGCUUCCUGGAAAGCAUGCAUGACAUUGUCACAGCUCUCAUCAAGCUGUGUGAGAGCGCCUCCUGUGGGGAGGUGUUCCUCCUGGCGUCUGCAGCCUUGGCCAACAUCACCUUCUUUGACAGCAUGGCGUGUGAGAUUCUGCUGCAGCUGAACGCAGUCCACAUCCUGCUGCAGGCCUGCAAAGACCAGCAGAGGGUGGACACUCCCUACUCCAAAGACCAGGUGGUGACAAUUUUGGCCAAUCUUUCUGUCCUGGAGCCUUGUGCUUCAGAAGUUCUGCAAGAACAAGGAGUUGAGCGGCUGCUCCUGCUGCUGGGAGAAAAGCCGUCCUCGCCCAGCCCCUCAGAGGGCGCCGCCUGCGAGCGCGUCCAGCAGAAAGCAGCGGUCACCCUGGCUCGUCUGAGCAGAGACCCUGAUGUUGCUCAAACAGCCAUCCAGCUGAAAGCGGUCCCUCGUCUCAUUCAAUUGUGUCGCUCCCCCACUGAGAGAAAUAACAGCGACUCUGUCCUGGUCGCUUGCCUGGCGGCCUUGAGGAGGCUGGCAGCAGGCUGUCCGAGCAGCAUCAGUGCAGCCGACCACCAGCAGCUGAUCAAACCACGCCUAGUUGACUCUUUCCUUCUCUGCUCCAACAUGGAGGAAAGCUUUGUGUGAAACACAUUCCAGCUCUGCAGUCCUUUUAUUUAACCUUUAAACACUAUAGCUCCAGUGUUUAUGUUGAUUUGCUGCAAUUUUUCUA